UUUAGCUAAGACCUAAUCCUGUUUUCCCUACUCUACAACUACAGUAUUAAUGUGGAUUUCUCUGAUAUGGCUGACGAAAUAUUAAACUUGAAUGUCGGGGGAAGCAUCUAUACAACAAGUCGCUCAACGUUAACACGUUAUCCGGAUUCAAUGCUAGGGUCAAUGUUCAGCGGUCGUUUGCCAUCUGCCGUUGAUGAUUGCCAUCGCUAUAUCAUUGACGGAGACGGUCCAACAUUUCGACACAUUCUGAAUUUCCUCCGCCGAUCAAAGCUUAUUCUUCCCGACGGUUUCAAAGAGUGGGAUAUUCUAUCGGCUGAGGCAGACUACUACCAAUUACAAGAACUCAUUCAACUUAUCGACGAAAAACGUAUUCGACGGCCUGGUAGGCCUACCUACGAAUUUGUUGAGGUAGAAUAUCAUGGAGAUAGUAAAUACACAUGGCGGAUUUAUGGUAAACCAAAAAUAAUCCAUCAAAUCUUAACAACUGAUAUUAAUUAUUUUAUGUGUGAAUCCACACGUGAAGAAUAUCCAAAUUAUUCGCAGCCUGUUGAUAAGAUUGCCAGGAGUGAAUGCACUGGAUAUGUAUUAAGAGCGUGGAAUAGAACUAAAAAAUGUAUACAAUAUCCAGGCCCAGAUCUAAGUCGAGUGAGGUUGUUCGAAGGCAUAGCCAAGUUUGGCUUUACGUUGAUAUCUACGUCCUCACACGAACCUUCACAAGGGAAUUGGACAUUUUCACGAAAAGAGGUUGCCGACGACUAACUAUUUAAUAUUCUGUUUUUAAGUGAUAUUUUUACUGGCUAUAGUUUUCUGCCCUUUUUAAAGGUUAAGUAUAUGAAUGCGCCCACAUUGAUCAUCGCGAAAAUGCUGUGUAAUCAAAUAAAAAUAUGUAUGCCCGUCAGGAAAAAUUUAGUCCGGGGUCAAUCGUCCGGCGGACCGAUUUUGGCCUCAUUAUUACCGGCCAAAAGUAGUCUAGUACGUAGGCCAAAAUCGGUCCACCGAAAUAUACUUUCUGUGCUCAGCACACUUGGGCAUCUUAUCAGCACUACGGGUAUUGUAAUGUAGUAUUAAGGUUCAAUGGUAUUAACUUGCAUAACCAUUGGAAUCGAUACCCUUCACCUGAUAAAUGCCUUAAAUUGGUUUGACAGUUUUAAUGGUCAACUUGAGUAUCUGUAAGUAGUAAGGUAUGACGGUAUAACCCACUCUAGAGGGCGCUCAGGGAAGGGUGAU